AUGGCAGAGUUUGGCGGCAACACCUCGACCGAGGACCUCUCGUUGCCCAAGGCCACGGUGCAGAAGAUCAUCGGCGAAAUCUUACCCAAAGACAUCACCAUCUCCAAGGAGGCCCGCGAAGCCGUCACCGAGCUCAGCAUCGAGUUCAUCGGGUUGCUCUCGACAGUGCUGAACGACAUUGCCGAGAAGGAAGCGAAGAAAACCAUCGCCAGCGACCAUGUGGUCAAGGCGUUGGAGGAAUUGGACUUCCACAACUACUUGGAGAUCAUCAACAAGGUGUUGGUCGAGCACAAAGAAUUGCUCAAGGGUAAGGAAAAAAAGAACAACAAGUUCCAGAACCUGGGGUUGUCGGAAGAAGAGCUUUUGCGCCAGCAGGAAGAAUUGUUUAAGAAGUCUCGCGACCGGUUGAAUAACACCGUCUCGUGA